AUGAAAGAUGCAUCAGAGAGCGCAGCUCAAAUACCGCUGCUGGCAUCUAUAAAUGCAGACUCUCAGGUACAUCUGAUUGUCGGAGCAAAUCCUCUUGCUGCAGCCCGCUGUACUAAGAGUGUACAAGCUGGAGCAAAACCAGUUGUCGUCUCGCCUCAGUCUGAAAGUCUGCAAUAUACCCUAGCGACGCAUGUUGAAAAUGGCACUGCAGACUGGCUCCGGAGAAAGUUCAAAGAUGACGAUCUAACGACCUUGGGAAGGGAAGAGGUGGACCAUGUUGUGGAUAUGGUCUUUGUGACCCUCGGUGGAAAUCACCCGCUGAGUUCUCAUAUCUCCAAGCUAUGCCGGCGUCUCAGAAUUCCAGUGAAUGUGUCUGAUGCUCCAGACCUUUGCACUUUUAGCUUGCUCUCCACCUAUACGGAUGGCCCUCUUCAUAUUGGAAUCACGACAUCCGGCCGGGGCUGCAAACUAGCGGCGCGAUUGAAGAGGGAGAUAUCAUCUACUCUCCCUCUAAAUCUUGGCAGUGCCAUCGACAGGUUGGGGACGAUCAGAAAGCGUCUCUGGGAAGAAGACUUUGCUGCAGGACUGUGUGAUACAGGCUUCGACGUUGACGAUGACGACGCGACUGGACAAAAACACACAUUCAACAAUUUGGUGACAGAAGACGAUGUAAAUGCAGCCAAAACCCGACGCAUGCGCUGGCUAUCACAGAUCUGCGAGUACUGGCCGCUUCGCAAGCUUGCCGCGAUCAAUGAUUCGGACAUCGAGAAAAUCCUCCAAGAAUACAGCUCGGGCACUUCAAAGAGCACCGAUGUCAACGGUCCUCGGCAACCUGAGAAGAAGGGCAAAAUCGUACUCGCCGGUUCGGGUCCGGGACACCCAGACCUUCUCACUCGUGCUACUUACAAUGCCAUCCAAAGUGCCGACAUCAUCCUGGCUGAUAAACUUGUGCCUGCUCCUGUCUUGGAACUGAUCCCGCGACGAACAGAGGUCCACAUUGCGCGCAAAUUUCCAGGAAAUGCUGACCAGGCGCAAGAAGAGUUUCUCCGCAUGGGCUUGGAUGCACUCCAAAAGGGCCGCCAAGUGCUUCGUCUGAAGCAAGGUGACCCAUACCUUUACGGCCGUGGAGGUGAAGAGCUCGAAUUCUUCCGCGCUGAAGGCUUUACGCCUGUUGUAUUGCCGGGAAUUACCAGCGCACUGAGCGCCCCUCUAUUUGCAGAAAUUCCAGCAACUCACCGAGGGGUUUCUGAUCAAGUCUUAGUGUGCACAGGCACAGGAAGGAAGGGUGCUGCACCUGAGCCUCCAACCUAUGUGCCAACGCAGACGGUAGUGUUCUUAAUGGCGCUACACCGGCUCUCUGCACUCGUUAGCUCUCUAACAACGCUACCCGAAGAAGAAAGUGACCAGUUGUCGCAAACCCGAACACUGUGGCCUAAGAAUACGCCUUGUGCUAUAAUCGAACGUGCCUCUUGCAGUGACCAGCGGGUGAUUCGCUCUACGCUCGAGCAUGUCUGCCAGGCUUUUGAGGCCGAGGGCUCGCGACCACCUGGCCUGCUUGUGGUUGGAGCUAGCUGUCACGUUCUCCAUGAACCAAAGGACCAAAAAUGGAUUGUUGAAGAGGGGUUCCGGGAUUUAGACGAGUUACGAAGCACGGUCGAGAUACCGAUGAUCAACGAAACGGCAUAG